CGUGACCACUCGGUAUCCUCCGUAGAGCCCCGUGAUCUGGCAGGAGAGGCGUAAGAACAGAGAGAGAGAGAGAGAGAGAAAAUAAAGGAAAAAGAAAGGAAAAUGGCGAGCGGGGAGGAGGCCGCGCGCUCGUCCGUCCCGUCCUCCUCCUCCUCCUCGUGUGCUCCGGUGGCGCUCGAGUCGCUGUUCCCGGCCGCGUGCACGGAGCGGAGCGACAGUCCCGAGCUCUCGAGCCUCCGGAGCCGGCUGCAGCGCUGGCUCGCGCCCUACGAGCGCGCGGUGCUGUGCGCGCAGAGUCUGCUGGUGUGGGAGAGGCCCGUGCACAGCGCCGUCGCAGCGCUCGCGCUCAACACCGCCUUCUGGUUAUUGUCAUCUACUUCUUUGCGUCCUUUGUUUCUUAUUUGCGCGUCCCUGCUCGCUUUUACGCUGUUGGAAAGAUGGAAGGACAAGCUCCCUCAGAUUGCUGUGCUCCACGCAGAGGCACCCGGGAUAGAACGAGAGAGCAUGGGCGUGCACCCGCGGCUCCUGAGCGUGGCCGAGCUGAGCCACCACCUCGCCGAGAGCUACCUGACCUGCAGCCUCUACAUCCAGGAGAUGCUUCAGUUCAAACGUCAGAAUCACGGCAAGUUUUGUGUGAUGACGUGCUCAGGAUGCCUCCUGCUGGCCAUGGUUGGACACUACAUCCCCGGAGUCAUGAUCUCCUACAUUAUUUCGCUGAGCGUCUUGCUCUGGCCUCUGGUUGUGUACCAUGAGCUGAUCCAGAAGAUGUACACGGGACUGGAGCCCAUCCUGAUGAAGCUGGACUACAGCAUGAAGGGGGACACGCAGCACCGCAAACACGACAAGAGAAAGGUGAAGAAGGAGCAGGAGGAAGGAGACGAGCCGAGGGCGGAGACGGAGAGCGAGAGCGAGGAGGAGCUGUCCUGCUUCGCCCCAACUGUGGACGUCAAGACCACGGCGCUGGCGAUGGCCAUCACGGACUCGGAGCUUUCUGACGAGGAAGUGUCCAUCCUCGAGAGCGGAGGAUUUUCGGUGUCCAGAGCCACCACGCCGCAACUUACAGACGUGUCGGAAGAUUUGGACCAGCAGAGCGUGCACAGUGAACCUGAGGAAAGCUUCUCCAAGGAUCUCCCAGAAUUCCCCUCGGUGGAGGAGUUCCCGUCCAUCGAGCCCGGACUGUUUCACUUUCCCCUGGGUCCGCAGGAGGAGUCUCAAAGCCCGGCCAGUCUGCUCAUCCAGCACCUCGCCUCGCCGCUGCACUUCGUCAACACUCAUUUCAACGGACAGGUCCGAGGCCGCGGCGCGCCGAGCGAGCCUGAGGCGUCCUCUCGCACCCUGGAGGCGCUCAGCGAGGAGAUCGUGAGCACCGCCAUCUCCACCGUGGUGCAGAACACCCUCUCGGCCCUGCUGAGCUCCUCGGAGGCGGCCGAGGCGCCCGGCGUGGCCGAGUUCCUUCCUUCCGAAACGCCGCCGUGUCCCACUGAGUCUCCUCUCGAGGAAGCGGACAGAACCGGCGAGGACACGACGCUCGUUCCGCCAGAGGAGGAGGACUUCGAGCUUCUGGACCAAAGCGAACUGGAGCACAUGGACGAGGGGUUCGGGUCAGGGUUUGAAGGACAGACGACGCCCACAGAUGCCCCAUUCGGCGACCAGCAGCCCCAGGAGUCCUAGCUCGUGUACCGAACUGCCCCCGUCUAAUUAUAGUGUAGACGCGUCCGCGCACUAAAGGCUCCCCGUCAUCAGUCACCGUCAGCUUUAAAUGCUCACUGUGACUGAUUUCAGGCAAGAAUCUCAAACGGAAAGAAGUUUUGGCACCUUUGUGGCUUCACUCGAGAGCUUAAAAGGAAAAAAAAUUGACCCUGAACAACUUUUAUUUAGUCUAUUAGUGUGAUUAUUAUUAUUAUUUUUUUAAACAUUGGUCUGAUUUCCUGCAGCACCGUCACCGAUAGCGGGCGGCCGUUCUAAUUCGGCGUCACUUCCUGAACGUUGGGGUUGUUUAGAUGUUUAGACAUCGUUUAGAGUUCCUCAUUUCAAGUCGAUCAGGCGUUCCUUGAUCCAAACGGUCGUCAUGUUGUACGGCGCUAUUUAGCCGAGUCAGAUUUGAGUUAUCUUUCGUUUUUAGGCAGCAAACUGAAAGCGGGAGAUGAAAUAAACAUGAGCACCAGAACGACACGUUUCACAUUUCAGAGUAAACUUGGUUCAGGGUGAAGUUUUCCUUUAAGAUGAAGCUCCAAGGCCAUAAUAAUCCGUCCUGCUUACUAAAAUGAAAUGAAACUUCCCAAAAAAAAUUAUAAAAAAUAAUAAUAAUCUGUACAAGUUUUUUUUUUUAUUUCCUCUUCUCUCCCAGACAUGAUUUAUACUUCACCGAAAGAAAUGUUUUUCUUUUGUUGUUGUAUUUUUCGUUUUUUUUUUGUUUUUUUUUGCUGCAGUGAAUAAAUUUACACGGAAGAUAAUAAUCUAUAAGUUCACCAAGCAGGAUUUCGCAGUCAGACCUGUAUAUUGUUCUGUUCUUCAAUUUCCUGUUCCACAUACUGGUAACAACUACAGAUCAUAAAGAACAGAGUAGCCUUUAUGUGAGCAUUACAUCCUGCUGUAAAAUAAAAAAAGAAAUUAAAAUAUACAAUAAAUAAUGAUGUUUUAUUAGUGUGUAGAUUGACAGAUCCUUAACCCAGAGACCUAAGCACUCAAAAAAUACUAGUGUAAGUUUAAAGAGAUGUUUUAUCGUUUAUAGUUCUGUUCAUAUUAAUAUAUAUCUAUAUAAAUAUUGUGUGUUUGUCCAUUUCUUCUUUGGGGUCAGGGACUUUUUAUUUAUCCAUAUGCCUCGGUCAUGAUGUAAUACUGUACACCUCGAUGUAUGCCUUGCUCAGUUUGCAUUAUUUGAUUUUCACAGGUUAUGUUCUAUUAAAACCAGUUUUGGCAUCUUG